ACAUCAAUGAAUCAAGAUUUAGAUGUAGUUGGAUUUUGUGCAUCUUUUAAAAAUCUAAGUUCUACAACUAGUGCUUUGACAACUUCAAAUUCAGAAGACAUCAUUACCAAUCAUCUUGUUAAUCCAAACCUUACAAAUAAUUCCAUAGAAGCUGUGUGAGGUCAGGAAAAUUCAUCCCUCUUAAGCACAGUUAAAGAAUUAAACAUAAAUAACAAAUUCUUUAUAAAUUUUAUACCCACAGAAAAUUCUAAACCUGUUAAUUAACAUUCUUUUCUACCAGCUCCCAAGAAAGUUGUAGAAAUGAAAGACACAGACAUUGAAGAGUCCUUAUAUAAGGAUAUACACCAAAGUGCUGAAAUUUUACGAAUUGAACAUUCAUGCUGCAGGCAAGACACAAAUAAAGGAUAUCUUUGGCAAAAAAAAAAAUCUAACCUUUACUCAAAGAUUAAUGUUCUUGAGCAUAAGAGCAAAAUAGGAAGAUGAAAGUUUGACUCUUUGACUCUUAUAAACCAACUACAACAGGAGAACUGGCUAUCUGAAGAAAAUGUCAAGAUAAUAGAAAACUAUUUCACAAUGUAUGGAGUCACUAUCAUAUAA